UCGAGACUACCGGAAGUACUGUCCACGUGUUGUAAACAAAUUAAAUAUUGAAAAUGUUGAUAAGUAAGAUGUCGUUUCUGAUCACAUAAAAGCAUCUGAAGUUUUCCUACUGCAUCUUGAUACUGUGACUGGCAGUAACAAUGGGUCUCACGAAACAGUACUUGAGAUAUGAGCACAGUGCUUUGUUUGGAGUUGUUGGCAGUGUGAGGGCAAACAUUGUCCUGCUUCAGCAACAUGGGGUGUUGGGCAGAUUUUGUGCAGUCGGUGCUUGUGAAAACAUCAUCGUAUGGGAUUUGAGAACAGAACAAAGGGUUAUAAUGUUAAAAGGUGACAAGCAUGAGGUAAGUCAUCUCACCCCAUCCCCAGACAAGCUGCACCUAGCGGCUGGGUACAGCGAUGGCAGCGUGCGGAUCUUCAACGUCCAGACCGGAGAAUGCACCAUCACGUUUACCGGCCACAAGUCGGCCAUUACAGUGCUGCAGUAUGAUGCUAAUGGACUUCUACUGGUCUCUGGGGCAAAGGACACAGAUGUGAUUGUGUGGGACAUUGUCAAUGAGUCAGGGUUGUAUCGCUUGAAAGGUCACAAAGGAGAAAUAACUCAAGCAAGAUUUCUGCAAGGGAGAAAAAUUAUUGUCACAAGUUCAAAGGAUACGUUUGUCAAGUUCUGGGACUGCGACACACAGCAUUGUUUUUACACAGUUGUCGAGCACAGAAGUGAGGUAUAUGACUUUGUGGUUCUGCGUAAUGGUUGUCGCCUGGUGACCGGGUCAGCUGACAGUGAACUGCGGGUGUUUGACAUCACAUACACAGAGGACCAGUUUGAAGUAAAGACAGAAGACGAUGUACCAGCCAAAAGGUUGAAGCUGAGUGAAGCGGCUGACAGUGAUGAUGAGAAUGACGAGAAUAUUUUAUCCUGUAAGAAAGUCGGAUCAGUGUUCAGACAGGGCAGAGAAAGGCUGGUUUCCAUGGCAGCAGAUCAGACGGAGACUUCGUUAGUCUGUCAUGGCCAUGAUCACAAUGUGGAAGUGUUCCGACUUGCGACAGAGUCUCAGUUACAGAAACUACUUCUCAAACGUCAGAAGAAAGCUCGCCGGAAAAUCAGUACUGAUAACAGUGAGGUUGAGGUUCCCACCAGUGUGAUGCUGGAUGAUGAGGUUAAGAGGUUGACAUCAAUUAAAGUGAGUGCUGCUCGGUCCAAGGUCAGGGCAUUUGACCUUGUCUCGGUAGCUGACGACCAUAUACAGAUAAUAAUACUGUUAAACAACAACUCAGUGGAGAGCUGGCGAGUUGAUACGGCCGACAAGACUGGAACCGCGUCUGUCAAUUGUAGACUGCUGCUGCCGGGUCACAGAACAGACGUACGGACAGUGUCGUUCAGUUCGGACAACACAGCUAUGUUGACCGCCAGUAGUGACACUGUUAAAAUUUGGAACAGAGAUUCGUUACAAUGUAUCAGAACAAUGGCUUGUGACUACGCCUUGUGCUCGAUGUUCGUUCCUGGUGAUCGACACAUCAUCCUGGGAACAAAGAGUGGAAAACUACAGAUAUUUGAUAUUUCAUCAGCUGCCUUGCUAGAGUCUCAAGAGGCCCACACCGGGGCUGUCUGGUCUGUAUGCAUGGCACCAGACAAGCGAGGUUUAAUAUCUGGCAGCGCUGACCACACCAUCAAGUUCUGGGACUUUGAGCUCAUCACAGAUGACAAACAUUCAGCCACGAGUAAAAGAUUCACAGUACAACACACAAGAACCCUGAAAAUGGACGAAGAUGUUCUUUGUGUAAAAUACAGUCCCGAUCACAAGUUCUUAGCUGCCUCUCUGCUAGAUAACACUGUAAAGGUUUUCUUUGCUGACACACUCAAGUUUUUCCUCUCACUGUACGGUCACAAGCUGCCAGUGUUGUGUAUGGAUAUUUCCAGUGACAGUAUGCUCUUAGUGACUGGGUCGGCCGAUCGGAAUGUCAAGAUUUGGGGCUUGGACUUCGGGGACUGUCACAAGUCGAUAUUUGCUCAUGAUGAUAGUAUCAUGAGUGUGCAGUUUUUACCAAACACUCACCUGUUUUUCACUGGGGGAAAGGAUGCCAAGCUGAAGCAGUGGGAUGCCGACAAAUUUGAACACAUCACAACACUUACUGGUCAUCACGGUGAGAUCUGGUGUCUAGCGGUGAGUAGCAGCGGUAACUUUGUGGUGACGGGAUCGCACGACAAGAGUCUACGACUGUGGGAGAAGACCGAGGAGCUGCUUGUGCUGGAAGAAGAGCGGGAGAUGGAACGAGAAAAAGAGUUUGAAGAGUCAAUGGAGAAAGAGGGAGAGCCAGUUGUUGCAGGUGAAACCAGCACUGAGGUGGGACUGGCUGGUAAGAAAACGGUCGACACUGUGAAAGCUGCAGAGAGGAUACUGGAGGCUGUGGAAGUGUUUGAGGAAGAGACGGCCAAACGGAAACUCCAUGCCCAGGAGUGUGCUCGAACCAAGAAGGAGCUUCCAGCUCCAGAUAUGCACCCCAUGAUGCUUGCUCUGAAUGUGAAAUCGCCUCUUCAAUAUGUGAUGGAGGUGAUCAAGAAAAUCAAAUCAAGUCAGUUGGAGAAGUCGCUGCUUGUUUUGCCAUUCUCAUAUGUAACUCAGCUCAUCAAAAUACUCGACCAGAUUCUCAAGGCGGGCUGGGAGACAGAACUUACUUCUCGCUGUCUCCUCUUCCUACUUAGAGUUCACCAUGGACAGCUAACGUCCAAUCAGGUGCUGUUGCCGGUCAUUGACAGAUUACGAACUCACAUAGUGUCCAGAGUGACAGAACUCAGGGAUCAAAUCGGGUUCAACCUGGCAGGGCUGGAGUUUCUUCACAAACAGGUGGAGAGUGCUGGGGAAAUCAAGUUCUUUGCUGAAGCCACAGACAGAUUCAAAGACAAGAAGAGAAAGAGAAAGAAAAAAGAAAUACUCCUAAUAAAAACAUAAUGUAUCGUCCAGAAAAAUAUUAUGAACUUCAAAUUUCAAACACAGCUGUAAAUUCAUUAUUUUGCUGUCAUCAGAGUUUCUUGAUGAAGCAGAUAAUACUCCACAAAUUGGAGUUGAGACAUUUAUUGACUAAUAAAUGUUUAAACAUCAAUCAGUGAUGGAGGGUACAUAUCCUAAUUUGCUGUUCAUCAUGUGAACCAGUCAAAAUUAACAAUGGAAUUUCGUUCAAAAUAAAAUGUGAAAA